AUGGUGUGCCAAGCAGCUAGUCAAACAAGAUUUCGGGCAUUGAAAUACGAGAAUGGAAUCGCUGGAAAACCAACAAUUAUAGUUAAAAUUAUUGCAUGCUAUCAACCAUUGCAGGAUUGUCAGGCAGAAUACUUUCGUCAUUUGCUUAAACCUAUCGAAGCACAACUCUUGGUAUUUUUCGAUAUCUCACUAUUAUUAGGUAUUUCUUUUGGUUGGAUGGUUAAGGCUGAAGGUUCUUGGCUUUUUCCACCACAUUCUACUUGGCAAUCGCCAAAUUUCAAUUGCAUGACCACAUCGUUGGAUCCUGCACAACUACAAUGUUUGCCAGCAUGUAUCCACCCUGGAGCUUACAUGACUUCUGCAAAUGUGGCAAUGCCAGGGUUUGCAGUUCAAAGCAUUCAAAAUCUCAAGAUACAACAAGGCAAUGAAUCCUAUGGGUUGCCUCAGUGUUUAGCCCCUCACUCCCAGAAUUUUCUUCCUGGUACAAGCCCAUAUGUCAAAGAUAACUUAUCCAUGUUUUCUUAUGGGCUUGGUAGGGGAGGUUUGCCAAACCCAAUUCCUGGAAGCCAGAGAAGGUUCCUUGUUUUUGACCAGUCUGGGAAUGAAAAAAGGUUGAUAUACAGUUCCUUGGGUCCUACUGUUCCAAAACCAACUGCAGCUGAUGCAAAGCCGCUUCCUGGUUGUUUUAACUACAAAGAACAUGUAUCGAAAAUGGACCAGACGAAGCUGAAGUUGCAUAAAGUAUCAGAUGAGAAUCACUCUAGUGCUGAAGAAAGUGAGAUGCACGAGGACACUGAAGAAAUCAAUGCCCUGCUAUACUCGGAUGAUGAGGAUUAUGAUGAAGAUGGUGGUGGCAGUGACGAUGUUAGUGACGAUGAUGAAGUAAGGAGUACUGGUCAUUCUCCCAUUCUGAUUAAAAGUUAUGGGACACAAGAACAAGUAGAGGAAAUAACAGAGGAAGUUGCUAGUUCUGAUGGCCCAAGCAAAAGGCAGAAAUUGAUUGAUGGUGGGUACAAAAAAUCAUCGUUAGUAGACACUGUUAGUUCAGUACAAGUGGAAGGAUUUCACCGAAAUGACGAUGAGACAGAAUCAAGCUAUGCUAUAGGCCAAACCCAAGAAGAGGAAAUGGUUUCCAUUUUGGGCAGCAAGCAAUUUAGAAAGGAUAAGAUUCGUGCAACAUUGAAAAUUCUGGAUGGCAUAAUCCCUGGUGCAAAGGACAAGGAACCGUUGUUGGUCCUUGAUGAAGCUAUAGAUUACUUAAAGUCUUUGAAGCUCAAAGCCAAAACUUUAGGCAUGAACUACCAUUAA